AUGAAGCUUGGUCAGAAAGCUAUCGUCUUGAGCACGCUCUUACCAGGUGCUCUGGCAUGGGGAAGUUUGGGACACAUCACUGUGGCUUACAUAGCGACAAAUUUGGUCAAGGAUGACACAACUGCUUUCUUCCAGAAUAUCUUACAGAAUGACACUGAGCAUUACCUCGCCGGGGUAGCUACUUGGGCGGAUAGCAUCAGGUAUACGAAAUGGGGACAAUUUUCCAAGAAUUUCCAUUUCAUCGAUGCGAAAGACACGCCACCGACGUACUGUGGUGUAGACUUUGAAAGAGAUUGCAAGCAAGAUGGCUGUGUUGUGAGCUCGAUCCAGAAUUACACGUCCCAAUUACUCGAUACCGAGCUGUGGCCGUCGCGGAGAAACCAAGCUGCUAAGUUCGUUAUUCAUUUCGUCGGCGAUAUCCAUCAACCUUUACACGUGGAAAACGUCGCUUAUGGCGGUAACGGUAUCCAUGUUAAAUGGGAGUCAUCUGAACUGAACCUUCACCACGUCUGGGAUACGAGCAUCGCAGAAAAGAUGCUGGGAGGCAUCCAUAGGAAGCCUUAUGUGGCCGGGCUCGCAUGGGCGGCCAACCUUACCCAUCAAAUCAGGUCGGGCAAGUAUGAGGCAGCCAGCAAACUUUGGAAUGACGGCCUUAGUUUCGAUGAUCCUAUCCAGACAGCCAUGGGCUGGGCAAAUGAGUCUAAUACCAUUGUUUGCUCCCACGUGCUCCCGGAAGGACCUGAAGCAAUUGUCGGCCAGGAGCUCGCGGGCGAUUACUAUGAGAAAGCCGCCCCUGUGAUCGAGCUUCAGGUGGCCAAGGCAGGAUACCGUCUCGCGACUUGGCUAGACCUCAUAGCUGACAAGGCUUCUGGAACGACCCAGCCUAUUAACGAAUUGUAA